CGCAUGCGCGAACUGCAUUUAACGCGGUUUUGGGGUCCGGAUUUGAGAGAGGGGACCGUGAGAAAGCGGAUUGUGACUUCAAGCUCUUACUUCAUUGAAUCUCAACUCUGUAAAUGGAUCUCUUUUCCCUGUUUUUGGUUUCAUCUCUGCAAGCACUGAUGAAGGGUGGGUUUUAAACCGACUAUGGUGGUUUGAUCAUCUUCUAUUAGUCAACUCUCGAGUCAUAUGUGCGCAUUUGUAGUAUAUAGUGCAUUGGAAGAUUCAGAAAAGAGAAAUAUACAUUUUAUUUAUUGGUAUCUACACCUACUGUUAAAAUGUCGUUCCGGAGUAUAGUCCGUGAUGUGAGAGAUAGCUUAGGGAGCUUAUCUAGACGGAGCUUUGAUGUGCGGCUGACUGGCCAUCACAGAGGAAAAUCUCACGGUGCUAUACAUGAUCAGCCAGAAGUAAUUGAAAAUGGUUGCUGGGCUAGCUUGCCCCCAGAAUUGUUAUAUGAUAUCAUUAGAAGGCUAGAAGAGAGUGAAAGUACAUGGCCUGCUCGAAAGCAUGUUGUUGCAUGUAGUGCAGUAUGCCGGUCGUGGAGGAAUAUGUGCAAAGAAAUUGUCAAGAGCCCAGAGACUAGUGGCAAGCUUACUUUCCUCGUGUCCUUGAAACAGCCAGGAUCACGAGAUGGAACCAUUCAGUGUUUUAUCAAGAGAGAUAAAUCAAAUUUAACAUACCACCUUUUCCUUUGUCUCAACCCUGCUUUGUUAGCUGAAAAUGGAAAAUUCCUCCUUUCUGCCAAGAGGAUUAGAAGAACAACAUACACAGAGUAUGUUAUUUCCAUGGAUGCCGGCAAUAUCUCUAGAUCAAGUAGCUCUUACAUUGGAAAGCUAAGAUCAAACUUUCUGGGUACCAAAUUUAUAAUAUAUGAUACACAGCCUCCAUACAAUUCCACCCAUAUCCCGCCUUCGGGGAGGACAAGCCGAAGGUUUUAUUCAAAAAAGGUUUCACUAAAGGUCCCAUCUGGAAGUUGCAACAUAGCUCAAGUAACAUAUGAAUUGAAUGUGCUUGGAACACGUGGCCCAAGGAAGAUGCACUGUGUUAUGCAUUCGAUAACAGCAUCAGCGCUCAAUGCUGGUGGAACGGUCCCUGGCCAACCUGAGGUUCUUCCUCACCCCAUGGAGGACUCAUUCCGGAGCAUCUCCUUUUCAAAAUUUUUAGAUCACUCUAUUGAGUUCAGCAGCUCAAGAUUCUCCGAGUUUGGGGAAGGCUGCAAUGAGGACGAUGAUGGCAAGAUGAGGCCAUUGGUUCUGAAAAACAAACCUCCAAGAUGGCAUGAACAAUUGCAAUGUUGGUGCCUUAACUUCCGUAGCCGAGUAACAGUUGCAUCAGUUAAAAACUUUCAGUUGAUUGCUGCUACCCAGCCGGCAGCCGGUGAUCCUACCCCAUCUCAGCCGGCGCUCUCCGGGCAAGAUAAGAUAAUUCUGCAGUUUGGUAAAGUUGGGAAAGACAUGUUCACCAUGGAUUAUCGGUAUCCUCUAUCAGCUUUCCAGGCUUUUGCGAUAUGCUUGAGCAGCUUUGACACCAAAUUGGCUUGUGAAUAAAUAUAAUCACAAAACAAAAAGGGCAGUAAGACAGUGAAGAUCAACAAUGAGUAACGAGUAUGACAGUAUCUUUACCCUUUUUGAAUUUUUUUUUUUCCAUCCAUUUCAUUGUUACCAUGGUAAUCAGAAAUAGGCAAAUUGCUCACGUUACCUAGUUGCUGUAUGACUCAGAUGCAUCAGACCUGAGAUAUGAAAGGGUUUGGAGCCUCUUCACCUCAAAAAUGUUUUAUUUAUUGAUUCAGCCAUGAUAUCCUCUUCCAACAAAUACAUCAAUGGAUUUCAACUGA